GGAAAUGUGACCUUCGGAUGCUUCUUAUUGGGUCGCUCCUGCGGUCACUCCUUUGGGUUGUUCCUGCAGCCCCUCUUUUGGAGGGGAGACCUCUCUGCUUGGCCCUCUUCCCGAUCGUUUCCCACGGAAUUUGCUCGGAGGAUUCCCACGGAAUUUGCUCGGAGGAAAGGAGGGCGAGCAUCCCUCCCUGGAGCUGUUGUUUGGGGGGGGGUCCCUCUCGAGGAUCCACCCGAGAAGAGAUCAGUAGAGACCAGAGCAACAUCGAUGGCAUCUCCUGGAACAUCGGUUGUCCGUGGUGGAGCACUUGUUUUUCCAAGGAAGAAUUCCGUUUCCUUUGAGGAUGUAGCUGUGUUUUUCUCUAUAGAGGAGUGGACCCUGCUGGAUUGUGAGCAAAAGACUCUGUACCAAGAGGUUAUGCUGGAAAAUGCAAAGAAUGUCGCCUCCUUAAGUGAUGGAUGGGAGAUGGAGAGUUCCGGCCAGGAGGUGGUAACGCCUUUCCUAAAAGACAAAAAGGAAGUUGUGGAGAAGUUUUCUGGAAAGCCAAGUCCUGUGGAAAAACAGUUAAAGGGCGAGCCGGGGAAAUGCUCUACUUUACCAUGUGUGGAGAUCAAUGUCUUCUUAGCCAAAAAUGUUCACCAAAAAAGAGAAGUGUGUCCAAGGUGUGGAAAAGUAGCCACAGAUGUAUCAGGAUUAUGCGAUUGUUGCAGAAGCCACAUCGUGGUGAAACAGAACGAAAGCGGGAAACGCUCCAGAAGGACCUUCCUCCUUACUUUAUGUCAGAGAAUACAAGGAGAAAAACCAUACAAAUGUCUGGUGUGUGGAAAGUGCUUCAAAGAUUUAAGUCAUUUUACUUCUCAUUAUAGGGUCCACACGGGAGAGAGACCGUACAAAUGCACAGUGUGUGGAAAGUGUUUCAAAAAUCCAAGUCAUCUUAUUUGCCAUAACAGGAUUCACACGGGAGAGAAACCGUAUAAGUGCACCGAGUGUGGCAAAUGCUUCACCGAGUCCCGUUCCCUCACUUGCCAUAAAAGAAUCCACACGGGGGAGAAACCGUAUGAAUGUAAAGAAUGCGGAAAGAGUUUCAAUCAAAAACAUAGCUAUACCGUACAUCACCGAAUCCACACGGGGGAAAAACCCUACGUGUGCUUGGAGUGUGGAAAAUGCUUCACCGAAUCAAGUUCCCUCACUUGCCAUAAAAGAAUCCACACCGGGGAAAAGCCAUAUAAAUGCACAGAGUGUGGGAAAUGCUUCAGUGAGUCGGGGUCCCUUGCAUCUCAUAAAACAAUCCACACAGGGGUGAAACCAUAUGAAUGCCAGGAGUGUGGGAAGGGCUUCAGAGCUUCAGUGUUACUUGCUUCCCAUAUAAGAAUCCACACCGGGGAGAAACCCUAUAAAUGUACGGAAUGUCCCAAGAGCUUCCGUUCUGCAAAACACCUUGUUUUCCAUAAAAGAAAGCACACAGGGGAGAAACCGUAUAAAUGCCAGGAGUGUGGAAAAUGCUUCACUGAAUCAGGGUCCCUGACUUACCACAAACGCACCCACACCGGGGAAAAGCCCUAUAAAUGCCAGGAGUGUGGAAAGAGCUUCAGAGCAUCAAGUUUUCUUACCUCCCAUAGAAGGAUCCACACUGGGGAGAAACCAUAUAAAUGCAAGAACUGCGCGAUGAGCUUCAGUCAAAAUUACCAGUAUGCUAUACAUAACAGAAUCCACAUGGAAGAGAAACCAUAUAAGUGCACAGAUUGCGGAAAGGGCUUCCACAAGAACAGUCACCUUACGUACCACAAAAGGAUCCACACCGGAGAGAAACCGUACAAAUGCAAAGAAUGUGGGAAGAGCUUCAUCCAGAAAUAUCAAUACACCGAACAUAACAGAAUCCAUACUGGGGAGAAACCGUAUAAAUGCAUGGAAUGUGGAAAGAGUUUUAGAGCUUCCAGUUUUCUUACUUCCCAUAAAAAGUUCCACGCUGAAGAAAAACCGUACAAAUGCGUGGAGUGCGAAAAGCCCUUCACUAAUUCAGGGUCCCUUGCUAUCCACAGGAGGAUUCACACUGGGGAGAAACCAUAUCAAUGUAAUGAAUGUGGAAAGAGUUUUAGUCAAAAACAUCAUUAUACUAGACAUAGCAGAAUCCACACUGGGGAGAAACCAUAUAAGUGUGUGCAGUGUGGGAAAUGCUUCACUGAGUCCCGUUCCCUUACUUGCCAUCAAAGGAUUCACACUGGCGAGAAACCAUAUGAAUGCACUGAUUGUGGACGACGGUUUACUGAAUCCCGUUCUCUCACUUCCCAUAGAAGGAUCCACACUGGGGAAAAACCAUAUAAAUGCCCAGAGUGCGGAAAGAGCUUUAGAGCUUCAAGUUCUCUCACCUCCCAUAAAAGGAUCCACACUGGGGAAAAACCCUAUAAAUGUAAAAACUGUUCAAAGAGCUUCAGGCAAAAAUACAAUUAUACUAUACAUAACAGAAUCCACACUGGUGAGAAGCCUUAUAAAUGCCUGGAGUGUGGAAAGAGCUUCCAUUCUCAAAAACUUCUCCCUUCCCAUAAACGGAUCCAUGCGCGGGAGAAAACAUAUCAGGGCAAGAAAUUUGACAAAAGCGUCAGUCAAAAACACCAUUAUACUGAACAUAACACAAGCCAGCCUGGGGAGAAACCAUAACAAUGUAUGGAGUGUGGGAAAUGUUUCCCUGAGUUGGCGUCCCUCACUUCCCAUCAAAAGAUCCACAUGCAUUAAAAAAUCAUAUGGGGAAUGGUAUUUACUCAACAUCGGUGCCUGUAU